CCAAUUCUCUUCUGUUUUGCUUCCUUCAUUCUAUCUAUUUCCUACACUCUGACAUGGACUGUUUGUUUGUCUUCCUUAUUCAUUCAUUUAUUCUGAUCAGCCAAUGACCCUACCCUCUAGUUCUACAUAUUUAUAUACUACUAUUUGCUCCUAUUUUAAUUAUAAAUAUUUCGUAAGACUUUGUUUUUAUUAAAGAGUCGGUUGUUGGGAACUGGUCUUCACUCUUCUUGCUUCCACACACCCUUUCUCUCCGCUUCUCUGCUUGUUUUCAAUCUUUAUAUUGAGAUAAUCCAUUUGGGUUAUUUUGGUAUUGGAUUUGUAGUCUUCUUUACUUGUGUUAGUAGAUUGCGAUGGAAGAGAGAUAUGAGCCAUUAAAGGAGCUAGGCUCUGGAAAUUUUGGGGUGGCCAGGUUGGUCAGAGAUAAGAAGACUAAGGAACUUGUUGCAGUCAAAUACAUAGAAAGAGGGAAGAAGAUUGAUGAGAAUGUUCAGAGGGAGAUCAUCAACCACAGAUCUUUGAGGCAUCCAAACAUUAUCCGUUUCAAAGAGGUCUUGUUGACUCCUACUCAUUUAGCUAUUGUCAUGGAAUAUGCGGCUGGUGGCGAACUCUUUGCCAGAAUAUGCAGUGCUGGUCGGUUUAGUGAAGAUGAGGCAAGGUUUUUCUUCCAACAGCUAAUAUCUGGCGUCAGCUACUGUCAUGCCAUGGAAAUUUGUCACAGGGAUCUGAAGUUGGAAAACACACUAUUGGAUGGAAGUCCAACACCACGUGUUAAAAUAUGCGACUUUGGUUACUCUAAGUCAGGAUUGUUGCACUCACAGCCUAAAUCAACUGUUGGAACUCCAGCAUAUAUUGCCCCAGAGGUCCUCUCACGAAAGGAAUAUGAUGGGAAGAUUUCAGAUGUUUGGUCCUGUGGUGUGACGCUUUAUGUGAUGUUGGUGGGUGCCUAUCCUUUUGAGGAUCCAGAAGAUCCUAGAAAUUUCCGUAAGACCAUUGAUAGAAUAAAGAGUGUUCAGUACUCCAUACCCGACUAUGUACGUGUGUCUGCAGACUGUAGGCAUCUUCUUUCUCGGAUUUUUGUUUCUGAUCCUUCAAAGAGGGUUACUAUCCCAGAGAUCAAGCAGCACCCAUGGUUUCUAAAAAAUUUGCCGAAAGAGCUAAUUGAAAUUGAGAAAACAAACUUUAGGGAAGCAUUACAUGACCAACCAUCUCAGAGUGUUGAAGAAAUAAUGCGUAUCAUACAAGAAGCAAAGACGCCAGGUGCAGGAGCCAAAGUCGGCGCACAAGCUAGUGUAGGGGCUGAGGACCAUGAUGAUUUGGAGGGUGACAUAGAAUCUGAGGUCGAUGUCAGUGGUGAUUAUCUUCCCUGACUACAAAUCAGAUGGAAAAGGAUUUGUACUUGAAGCUUAUAGUGUUUUCAAUCACUAGUUUUAAUAAUGUAUUGGCAAAAUUAUACAGUAUAUUGGAUAGUGUUGCCCUACAAUAUUAGUACUGAACCAAUUUUAGGUGCACGUACCAUAUGCUGAAAA